AUAGUUAAAUCCUUGUGGCGAUUCUGAUGAGAUUUUUCUGGAAUGUGUACUAUACUUAUGCUUCCUUGGAUGCAUAAUUACUUUAUCUUUGCUUGAUUAUAAAUCCUUUCUCUUUUUGGGGUGGGGAUACUUGCCUCAGGCACAUGGAUCUCCUCAAUGGCUGCAUCCUACUUAUAACCUUGAAACACAUCUGUCUCAACUUAUUGGUGACUAUCAUGCACGCAAAAGAAAAGGACUAGACAACCUUUGGAUCUUAAAACCUUUGCCAGAAGUAUAUUGAAGAACCUGCUUUGUUCCAGGGGAAAAAGUUUGAUCUCUGUUACAUCGUAUUGGUCCGAAGCAUGAAUCCUUUGGAGAUAUUCCUGUCAGAUUGUUUCUGGCUGCCAGCAAUGUCAUUUAUUGCAAUUGAUAUUUAUGCCAAGCUUGUCUUCUCAAUAUUGAAGGGAUCAAACAAGUCCUUUCUUCUUUCUAAGAUUCUUGCAGUGACUAUUUGGUUAAUUCUAAAAGAUGCAGAAGAGAAGAAGGCCUCUUUUAAUCCAAGACCGUAUUUCAGAUUGUUCAUUAAUUUGCUUCUAGAUCUUGGUUCACUUGAACCUGUUACUGAUGGUGCAAAUCUCCAGAUUUUGAUUGCUUUUGCCAAUACUUUUCAUGCUUUGCAGCCCCUCAAGGUUCCUGCUUUCAGUUAAAUGGUCAAAUAUACAUACUCGAGUAAGAAACAUGAUUCUAUCUGUAUUCGAGUCAGCUGCUGUUGUACAUCCAGAGAUGCAUAGUUCAAAAUCAAGGGCCAUUUAUGGCGUAGAUGUCAUAUUGGACAGAUAUUUCCAAGCAAAUAUACUUGAGAAAUUAAGCUAGAGAGAGCUUGAGAUAGAAGUAGCAGCGUGGGACUGAAAAUUUGCUUAGCUUGUUGACCAAACCACAUUAGCCUCCAUCAGGUUCUUCAUUAUUUUCUUGGCUUGGAGUCAUAAUUAGGAGUAUAAUAUAUGUGCAUUUAUUUACUUUUUCUUUGUCAUGUGAAUAUAUAGAGGUGAAAAUUUGAGUAUAAUUAAUUUUAUAUAAAGUUAAUAGCUAAAAAUCAUUAAAUAAUUUAAUAAAUUUAAUAAAAUUAUUAUUUAACAGUUUUUAACUAUUGAUUUCAUAUAAAGUUAAUUAUAUCUAAGUUAUAUAAGUUUAUAUAGGAUAAUAUGAAGUUAAUUAUGACUAUGUAUUAUGUAUUAUUAUAUUAGAUUUUGCGUGUUGUGGUUUAAGCAGUCCAGUUGGAGCCGCUGGCCUUCUAAGUUGUGACAGUCAGCUAUGUGGUUUGCACUUCUAUUUGUUAGAAAAAGUCUUCCUUACUUCUAUUUCCUUCCCUCUCAUCUCUAACUAUAUGCAUAUAUGCUUAUUUUCAAACACCAACCACUAUUCUUAUUUCAACAAGCAUUGAAAAAAAUCUUUUAUAUUACUAGAAGAGGUAACUCCGCCUAUAUUAUACUUGCACUAUAUAGCCGGUCCCAAACCCGGAUAAAGGAGGGUUGUGUUAGGUUUUCGGCAACCAACAUAAAAAUAUAACUGAACUCCCAUGACAUGAAUCAAAGAUAUUAUUGCGCUAAAACUAGGUCAUUGCCCGGAAGUAUCGCGCCGUAUGGCUCGAGUACGGUGUCAAAGUAAGAGCCGCCGCAUCGGUGUUCGGAUGUAGUGUUAAAUGAGCAAGGGUUCUCGCAUUUUCGUGAAUGGACGAGGGUAAAUAAGCUAGUUCACAAAGUAAAAGGUAAAGGUCGAAGCAAUAGAAGGUUGAGAUUUGGGACAUGGAACAUAGGCACUCUAACAGGAAAAUCUAUGGAGGUGGUGGACACCAUGACAAGGAGGAAGAUUAACAUUAUGUGCCUACAAGAAACGAAAUGGGUUGGUGCAAAGGCUAGGGAGUUGGAUACUUCUGUUUUUAAACUUUGGUAUACAGGAAAGGUGAAGAAUAAGAAUGUAGUUGGAAUAAUUGUGGAUAAGCAGUGGAAGAAAGACGUAGUGGAUGUCAAGAGGGUGGGAGAUCGGAUCAUCUCUAUCAAAUUUGUGGUGGAGGGAGGUGCUUUCCAUGUGAUUAGCGCCUAUGCAUCGCAAGUGGGUUCGGACGAACAACACAAGAUAAGGUUUUGGGAGGAUCUAGAGAGUUUGGUUCAAGGCAUACCUUUAGGAGAUAAGAUUUUUAUAGGAGGAGAUUUAAAUGGCCAUGUUGGGAGAGAAGUGACUGGAUAUGGGAGUAUUCACGGAGGCCAUGGUUUCGGGGUGAUCAAUGCCGAGGGUAAAACUAUUUUGGACUUUUCCUCAACCUUUGAUCUUCUCAACUCAAAUACAUGUUUUAAAAAGAGAGACGAACAUCUUAUAACCUAUAAGAGUGGCAUGACAAGCUCUCAAAUCGACUUCUUCUUGUUAAGGAGAGUCGACCGGAAAUUUUGCAUUAACUGUAAAAUUAUUCCAGAAGAGAGCUUGACAACACAACAUAGGGUGCUCGUCAUGGAUUUUUGCGUUGAGCAAAAUUUGAGGAAAAGACAUCAUACGAAGAAUUCAAGGACGAGGUGGUGGCAGAUGAAAGGUGAGGAAUAAAGAAGCUUCCUAAGACGGGAAGGAGAAGAGGCAAAGUGGGAUGGGAAUGGAAAUACGGAAGAGAUGUAGAGGGAGAUGGCAGAAGUUAUUAGAAGAACAGCAAAAGAAAAUUUUGGUGAAUCUAAAGGAAUAGGAUCAAGAGACAAGGAGUUCUGGUGGUGGAAUGCGAGUAUACAAGAAAAGAUAAAGAUAAAAAGGAAAUGCUUUAAAGAGUGGUCUUUAUGCCGCAACGCAGAUAACUGGGAAAAAUAUGAGGCGGCUAAGAAAGAGACAAAAGUGGUUGUAAGUGAAGCAAGAACAAGAGUAUAUAAGGGUCUCUACCAGUCUUUGGGCAUGAAAGAAGGAGAAAAAGGUAUAUAUAGAAUCACAAAGAGUCGGAAAAGAAGAACGAGAGAUUUGGAUCAGGUUAAGUGCAUAAAGGAUAAGGAUGGAGAGGUGUUGGCUCAAGAGGAGAAGAUUAAUGAAAGGUGAAAGAGCUACUUCUACGAGUUAUUUAAUGAGGGGCAGAAGACUCUUCCGAGCCAUGGUCGAUUAUGCACAAGGGAAGAAGAUCAAAACUUUGACUACUAUCGAAGGAUUCGAGACUUUGAGGUAAAAGAGGCUCUAAAGCAGAUGAAAAAUGGCAAGGCAGUAGGACCUGAUAAUAUCCCGAUUGAGGUUUGGAAGGGUCUUGGAGAAAAAGGCAUCAACUGGUUAACCAAGCUUUUUAAUGGGAUUUUAAGGUCAAAGAAGAUGCCUGAUGAGUGGAGAAAGAGCACCUUGGUACCUAUCUACAAGAAUAAGGGGGAUAUACAAAGUUGCGAAAAUUAUAGAGGGAUUAAGCUUAUAAGUCAUACUAUGAAGUCAUGGGAAAGGGUGAUAGAACGGAGGUUGAGAAAAGAGACACAAGUAACAGAGAACCAAUUUGGAUUUAUGUCAGACAGAUCUACCACUGAAGCGAUAUACCUAUUAAGAAAGAUGAUGGAGAAGUAUCGUAGUAAUAAAAGAGAUCUAUAUAUGGUGUUUAUUCAUUUGGAAAAAGCGUAUGAUAGGGUACCAAGGGAGGUCUUAUGGAAAGUUUUAGAAAAGAGGAGAGUAAGGAUCGCAUAUAUUCGGGCAAUUAAAGACAUGUAUGUUGGGGCCACAACUAGUGUAAUAACUUAAGGUGAUGUGACAAAGGAAUUUUCUAUUGGUAUAGGAUUACACCAGGGAUCAUCCUUAAGUCCAUACCUUUUCACAUUAGUCUUGAAAGUACUCACAGAGCACAUCCAAGAGCCUGUGCCAUGGUGCAUGCUUUUUGUCGAUGAUAUCAUUCUUAUGGAAGAGUCAAGGGAAGACCUAAAUAAGAAGUUGGAGUUAUGGAAAGAAGCUUUAGAAGUGUAUGGUCUGCGCAUAAGCCGUAGCAAGACAGAAUACAUGGAAUGUAAGUUCAAUCUGAGAAGGGAAAAUCCCAAUAUAGAGGUGAAGAUUGGAGAAAACAUCUUACAAAAAGUUAAAAGUUUUAAGUAUCUUGGGUGCAUCAUACAGUAUAAUGGAGAGAUUGAACAGGAUGUAAAUCAUAGGAUCCAAGCAAGUUGGUCAAAAUAGCGGAGUGCAUCUGGUUUUAUAUGCGACAAAAAAGUGCCUCUAAAACAUAAAGGUAAAUUCUAUCGCACCGCUUUAAGACCGGCUAUGCUAUAUGGUACGGAGUGUUGGGCGGCUAAAGGGGAGCACGAACAUAAGCUGAGUGUGGCAGAGAUGAAGAUGUUGAGAUGGAUGAGUGGUCAUACGCAAUUAGAUAAAAUAAGGAAUGAAGAUAUAAAGGAGAGAGUUGGAGUAGCACCCAUUGUGGAAAAGAGAGUUGAAUUGCGUCUCAGGUGGUUUGGACAUGUGAGAAGAAGACCGAUAGAAUAUCCAGUUAGGAGGGUGGAUGAGAUAGAAGAUAGACAAAGGGCGAAAGGCAGAGGAAGACCUAAAAAGACCAUCCAUGAGGUGGUGAAGCGAGAUCUACAUGUAAACGGUCUCUCUGUAGAUAUGAUACAUGACAAAGCACAAUGGUGUCGUUUGAUUCAUGUAGUCGACCCCACUUAGUAGGACAAGGCUUUGUUGUUGUUGUUGUAUUACUAGAAGAGGUCAAUUGUUUUUAUCAUUAUUUUAGAAGACAAAUUUAUCUUCUAUUUUUUAAUUUAAAAGAAAACAAAAAUAUAUUACAUGAAUAUUUUUAAUUCCCCCCCCCCCCUUGCAGUGUGCCUUCAUAUGGUGUCCAACGUAACAGUAUAUUAUACUGAAAACUGAAAUAUAUGCUACUUGUGAGUGUUGUAGAAACUAGGUUGGCUAGAAUAAGGCAAUGGGAUUUGAUUCAAUGGUAUAUAGACCAACAAAAUGAGGAAAAAACUUACAGUUCUAUGGAGAAGGUUAAAGCAGAACUUUCCAGACUCAAAGCUAUUAUAGAGUGUUUUGGCAACUUUGGUGAAGAACAAAGUUGUGCCUGAUCCAAGAUUCAAGAUUAAGAUUGCUUAAAGAUUCUGUUGUAGUUUGUAUUGGUUGCAGCUCCAAGAGCAGUAAAAAAAUCAAAGAGACAAAACUAGUGCAGAAAUUGUUAAACCAUACUAAUUGUUCAUGAAUAGAGUAAAAUUAUGUUAUUUAUGAAUUAUUUUUACCUUUAGUCUAGAUUGUAAAUCAUAAAUUGGAUAAAUUUGAUGUAUUUAGGAAUUUUCAAUAUUUUAAUUUUAUAUUUCUAUGUAAACAUUGUGAAUGUUUUUGGUAUUUAUUUGAAAAAAUUGAUCUAUGUUUAAUUCUUUUAUAUUUUGUGGAAAUAUAAUUAUUUAUGAAAAUUAAGUUUUAAUAGUGGUAAAUGUGAAAUUAGUAAAAAUCUAUAAUUAUAAAAUUAGGAACAACAACUAAUUUAGUGACCGAUUUAGAUUUUUAGUUCAGGAAUUAGCGACCGAUUUUAGAUUUUUAAAUCAGGUAUUGGAGACCGAUUUAGCGACCGAAAAGUUGGUUGCUAUUUAGCGACCGAUUUACUCAGCGACCGAUUUAGUGACGGGAAAUUUGGUCAGCAUUUAGCGACCGAUUAUGUUAGCAACCGAUUUAGCGACCAAUACAUUGUGGUGAAGGCCUGACGGCCUUGUUCAAAAAUCGAUCGCUGAAAUCGGUUGCUAAUGGUUAGCGACUGAAGUUGGUCGCUAUUUUCUAAUCAGCGACCAAGGUUUUAGCGACCACCAGAAUCGGUCGUUAAAUCGGUCGCUAUUCUUAUAAUUUCUUGUAGUGGGAUGUUGAAAAACUUUUUGCUAAAUGUAUUCCAUGUAAACAGGUUGAAUCUAAGUCAUUUUCACAUGGUUUGUAUACUUCCUUACUUAUUCCUGUGCAUUUAGGAUUGAUAUUUCUAUGGAUUUUGUUUUUGGUUUUUCUAAAAGUAGGAAAUGUGGAGAUAGCAUUUUUAUUGUGAUAGACAAGAUUAGUUAAAUGACUCAUUUUAUUACAUGCCAUAAAAUUGAUGAUGCAACAAGCAUUGCUGAUCUAUUCUUCAGAGAGGUUGCGCUUGCAAGGAGUUCUCUGAACUAUUGUAUUUGAUCGCGAUGUAAAAUUUGAGUUAUUUUUGGAAACUGUUAUGGAGUAAGUUGGAAACAAAAUUAUUAUACUCUACUAUUUGUCACAUCCUCAAACUAAUGGUCUAACUGAAGUGGUAAAUAAAACAUUAGGAACCUUGUUGCAUUUUCUUGUUGGUAAGAAUUUGAAAACUUGAAAACUUGAAAAGAUGGUUUAUUUUUUAUUGAGUUUGUUUAAAAUAGAACAAUCCAU